CUCCGAGAGAAAAUACAGAAGAAGAGAAAAUGGAAGGUCAAAUGAUGGUUGUAUUUAGUCUUUGCCUGAUCGGGAUGUGGGGUACAAGCGAAGCCGUAACGGGGAUCUUUGACUGUGACAGCAAUGGUUACCAAUACAAAUCAUGUUGCACGGGGGUCCGAGGUAUUUCGGCCAGUGUGAUGACCAAGAGAUCAAGAUCCUCCUGUGACGCAGGAUACUCAUUCGCUGUAAAUGGCUGUAGUCUAUGGGUCAAUCACGGGUGCAGAGCCCGCUUCUACGUCAAUUUCAACUGCAGAAAUGUGAAAACGAGCAAUGCCGAUUGCAGCAGUCGCAAUUAUAAAUACGCCGAAUGUCCCGUCGGUGGAGUAAUAACUUCUAUCAAUGUGGCCAAGAAGCACUCCCGUUCCAGCUGUGACUUCAACAAAAGCUUCGGUUUCCUUGCCAACAAAAUCUGGGUAGACGAUGGGUGCAGGGCCACUUUCACUGUCCAGUACUGCGCUGACCGGAAGUGUUCUUGCUAAACAAAUACUGACCGGAAGUGAUCUUGUUAAACCAAUCCGUGUUCAACACUCAAGUCUGUCGAUACAAGAUGUUUCAUGGACUUAUUGCUGAUAUAACUCAUUUUGAAAAAGAAAAUUGUGCAUGAUUAGUACUUGAAAGUUAUAUUUCUAUUUUGAAAUAUCCCUUUUCAUUUCCGUUAAAAUUAAAUAAGAUAUAAAACAUAUGCAUAUAUAAAGGAGUACACUGUACAACAGUUAUAUCUAUUUUGGAACAUCUUAUUCAGUUCUGUUGAAAUUAAAGGUGUGUGGAAUAACUGAUAUUUGCUUCAUGUUUU